UGCGCAUCUCUGCGGAGCGGCGCGGGAAGGAUGCUGGUCGGCAGAGGCGCGCGCGCGGGGCGCGGGAUGCCGCGGGGCUGGACCGCGCUCUGCCUGCUCAGUCUGCUGCAUGAAGCUGCUUUGGGGGGCGACCAGACUCAGAAUGAGUCGCCAGAUAGCACUCCCCUGCCACCAACAGCCUCUGGGUUCACAAAUACACAAACCGGGACCACUGUUACCACAGCGACAGCCACCUCACAUACAAGUUCAACUGUUUCCGCAAAUGUGUCCAGCCAGGGAGCCACCACACUAAGUCCUCUUGGAACUACCAUGCCAUACCCUGUCUCUCAAGACCGCAAUGGGACCACAACAGCCAUCUCAGAGACUACAGUCAACUUCACUUCUACCUCUGAGAUCACCCCAGUGCCUGGAACGGGGAACUCUUCUGUCCAGCCACAGACCUCUUUAACUGUCACAGCGUUUUCCACCACAACCAACUUUUCAACUUCAGACAUGACUUUGAAGCCCAGCAUGCUCCCCGGAAAUGUUUCCGAUCCCCCAUAUAACAGCACCAUCAGUGUGACAUCCUCCACUGAGCCUUAUGCAUCAUUUUCUCCCACCCCAAGUACCAUCAAGGGAGAAAUCAAAUGUUCCAGAGUCAAAGAAGUGAAAUUGACCCAAGGUAUCUGCCUAGAGCUAAAUGAGACCUCCAGCUGCGAGGAAUUUAAGAAGGAUAAUGGAGAGGAACUGACUCAAGUCCUGUGUGAGAAGGAGCAGGCUGACACUGUGGCCAGCAUGUGUUCCCUGCUCCUGGCCCAGUCUGAAGUGAAGCCUCACUGCCUGCUGCUGCUCUUGGCCAACAGAACAGAACUUUCCAGUAAGCUCCGUCUUCUGAAAAAGCACCAGCCUGACCUGAAAAGGCUUGGGAUCAAAGCCUUCUCUGAACAAGAUGUUGGGAGCCACCAGGUCUAUUCCCGCAAGACCCUGAUUGCCCUGGUCACCUCAGGGAUCCUACUGGCUGUCUUGGGCACCACUGGCUAUUUCCUGAUGAAGCGCCGCAGUUGGAGCCCCACAGGAGAAAGGCUGGGCGAAGACCCUUAUUACACGGAGAACGGUGGAGGCCAGGGCUAUAGCUCAGGCCCUGGGGCCUCCCCUGAGGCUCAGGGAAAGGCCAGUGUGAACCGAGGGGCUCAGGAGAACGGGACCGGCCAGGCCACAUCCAGAAACGGCCAUUCAGCAAGACAACACGUGGUGGCUGAUACCGAAUUGUGACUCGGCUGGGCGGGGCAAGGCUGGGCAGUGUCUGGGGAAGGGGCCCCUCCCUGCAUCUGACCACACGCUGCCUCCAAGCUGGAGGCACCAUCGAUUGCAUUCUACCCUUUCCUGCUGCACACAUCCUCGGAGGCUGUUCCUGGGGCCCGGUACUGCACCGGGCCAAAGGGUUCUCUCCACCUUGGUGGAGGGAAGAUAACCCCUGCCAUUUACAUGUUCAGCUCGCUAAGCCCAGAAUCGGGUCGACUCUGAGUAAAGGUGUGGGGGGAGGGGAGGCCAAAGUGCAGAGAAGCUACCAGGGUUGGGGGGUGGGAGGUGAUGAUCUUGCAUCACUCACACGUGGGCUUCUGUCCUCUCCCUCCUCUCUGCCAUAUUAAAGGAACUACCAGGGGAAACAUGGGGCCUUUUCUGGGCUACAAUUUCCUCCCAGGAGGCUUUGCCUUUUCCUGUUUCUUCCUCAGAUCUGUCUUCUCUACAUCAGGGAAACCAAAGCAACCCAGUGCGCCUGCUCCCUUGUAAUGAUGCAGCCAGAAAGACUUGUUAUCCUAAACCGUCCCCCUUAUGCCCUGGCCAAGGCACUGUGGAUUCAGGCACCGGCUUCCCUCAUGCUUUCCGGUUUCCCCUGAGCUCCACACCUCCCUCCACAUCUGCAUACAGAAGCCUGCUUCGUUUUCUGGCUGAGCCUGGAACGAGGCUCCAAGUUUUGAACAACGUCUUGUGUGUGUGUUUGGGAGACAGGAUUAGGGGGAAAUGGGUCCAUGCAUUCCUUCCUGUGGGGGCAAGUGGGAGAGAGCGAACGGCUCAGUCCUUGUCUCUCUGGGGCUCAUGGAGCCUCGUCUUGAGCCUCUGUUUCUCCCUGUGGGUCAGAGUGGUCAGGAUCAUGGGACCAGACCUUUGAGCCAAGCCUCUUGACUUGUGCAUCUCUGAGGAAGCGCCUUGCUCAGAGGCUAGGUCCUGGCCUUAUCCUCUGAUCUCAAUGGCUUCUUCCUUCCUCCCCCUGACUCCUGGGUUGAGCUGUGGACUCAGUCUCCCAGCAGACUCCUUUCGAUCUCUGUCUCCCUCACUCCAAUCCUCUCACUGCUCCGCACCUCCAUGUAGUCAGGGCCCCUUGACAUCUCCAGAGAACCUUCACCACAAGCCGCCUCCUCUGUAGGUGACCCAGGUUCUCAUUUGCAUUUUUCGGUUUUUUUUUCCAGAGGGGUAAGCAGGGAUCCUGGUUUCAGUGACGGUUGGAAAUCGAAUUUUCCAGAGAGAGGAAGAUUGGGUGGGUUUUAUUUCUGAAUAAAAAAAUGGUGUGUGUAAAUACUGUAAUUAAAGUGAUACUGAGACACA